AGGUGCAACGUUCUUCGAACCGACCCCUCGUACAUACACAAGGUGGAGAAAAGGGGUUGGUUGGUUACCGCAGUGUGUGAAGUGUGAUUUAUCCUACUACCUAUAUAUAUAAUCAGUGGACUGUGCAAUGACGACCGCGAAGUGAAAAAAGAAUGACGCUAGCCUAGCGGUGUUUCACUACUUACGGCCCAUAGUCGGCCGACACAACAUGUCACAGUUCUCCUUCAGAGGAUCACCCAAUUUGCAGUGCCCUGUGACAGCCACACCCUCGCUAUCCUCGACUUCUCCGUCGCCGGCAUCCGCGCCGGUCCUGAGCGGCGGCAGCGUCUCUUCGUUGGGGAGCGCAGUAGGUAAUUCCUCGUUGCAAGGCAGGAUGGCGGUGACGAGUGCGGUGGUCAGGCCACCUGGGAGUCCGACCGCCUCCGUCAGUCCAUCUCACGCGCCUCCUUCCGCCGGCGGAAGAUGCUGCGAUACCGGAAGGCCCAUCUUCACCGACCCCCUGACCGGGCAGACCGUCUGUUCCUGCCAGUACGACCUCCUUGGCGGCUACCAACGACUCGGGGCCCUUCCAACCGCCGCCCUUUCCAUGUACAGCGCGCCCUACGCCGCAGCCGCCGCCGCAGCCGCCUCCGAAGGGAUGGCGGCAUACUUCCCUGGACUCGGUGCUGACCAGGCGCCGUUCUACACCCCCACGGCCGCUGGUCUUGAGUUGAAAGAAAACCUCGGAGCUGGAGCGGCUGCAGCAUGGACCUAUCCUUCGGUCUAUCAUCCCUACGACGCGGCCUUCGGUUACCCAUUCAACGGCUAUGGCAUGGACCUGAACGGCGCGAGGCGGAAGAACGCGACACGCGAAACGACGAGUACCCUUAAGGCGUGGCUCAACGAGCACAAGAAAAACCCCUACCCUACCAAAGGCGAGAAAAUCAUGCUGGCCAUCAUCACCAAGAUGACCCUCACCCAGGUAUCGACGUGGUUCGCCAACGCCCGAAGGCGACUCAAGAAGGAGAAUAAAAUGACCUGGGAGCCCCGGAACAGGGUCGAAGACGAGGAUAACAAUAACGAGGACGAUGACAGUGGCAGGAAAAGCGUCGACGAGAAGGACCGACUAGACUCGAAGGAUUCGGGAACAGGUUCAAGCGAGGACGGUGAGCGGCCGGCGCACCGUUUGGACAUGUUACACGGCAGCAGCGGGGUAUCAGGAGGGUUGCAGGGUGGACGAGCGGAGAGCGAAUGGAGCGAAUCGCGAGCGGACAGCGGUCCGGACAGUCCCGAAUGCCUCUACGACCAGCGAGAACCCCGGCACCCCCUCCAGCUGCAGCACCCUGCGUACCUCUCCUCCGCGCACGGUCGUCUGCUGCAGCACCCCUCGCCGGAAAGCACCUCGCCAAGUGGUCACCACCUCCCCGCAAGUACCAGCGCCUCGUCCCAAGGCCCCGGGGGCCCAGCGAAGCCGCGAAUCUGGUCGCUGGCGGAUAUGGCGAGUAAAGACGGGGACCAGCAGAGCCCGCCGCAGGGGUUGCAGGGCCUGGGUUCGCCUUACGGCGGGGGUGGGAAGCUGGUGAGUCCAUUGGCGAGUAGAAUGCCGGCUCACCACCCGCUGCACCCGAUGCACCCUGGCUCGCAGUUCGUUCGUCCUCAUCCGGACUUCUACAGGAACUUUUACGGCGCCUCGCACCUUGGAUCGGGGGACAUGUCGUUACUCGAGACUUACUCGAGGCUCGGGGGACUCGGAGGCGUCAUGCCGGCAGUCAGCGCCCCCAGUGUCCUAACCUCGUCUUCCUCGACCUCCGGGGCCGUCAAGUCCUUCCCCGUGAAUGGGGGCCCGGGCCCGGGUGGCCCUGGGAUCCUCCUGACGACGACAUCCGGCGUAUCACCGUCCUCGUCCUCCACCGCCUCAUCCGGAGGCUCCGACCAGUCCCCUCAUCCCGGAAACAGCAUCCCCCCAACGGAACUCAAGUCACCCGGCAGGGUUUGAUCCGAAGACCCGUUGAGACCUGGUCUCGGCGAGCGUUGAGAGGAGUUUUUUGGAGGGGAUUCACCUUCCGGGAUCGCGAGAUCGAAUUCGAGGAGAUCGCGACGAAUGAUACGAAUCGUAUUGUUAUUAUUUUC